AUGCCCGUUGAUGUUUUGAUCCUAUCACAUCGGCCUUUUCUUGCUACGGAAACAACCUGCGACGAUCUCCUCGAAGAAUAUGAGCGCUACGUGCACAACGACAUCCCCAUCCGGCUCAUCUACAUCCCCGAGAUGAAGCUCGUCGAGAAGCAGUUUAUCCUCGACCACUUCCUCCCCGCGCUCCAGCGCUCCCUGCCCAGCGACGGCAAGGCAUUGCCCAACCGCUAUUGUCUGAGCAAGAUGAUCCACGACCUUGUGAAGUACGCGGUGUUCUCGCACCGCUGGGGACGAGGGGAGCCGUCGUACCAUGACUUCCGGUCGAGCAUGUACCUCGGCACGUUUGACGAAGUUAUGAUUCCGGGGUAUGGAAAGCUGCUGAGGUUCUGUGAAGAAGCGAAGAGACGGGGAAUCGAGUUCGCCUGGACGGACACGUGUUGCAUUGACAAAAGCAGCAGCGCAGAUAUUGCGGAGAGCAUCCGGAGCAUGUACAGGUGGUACAAGAACUCGGCGCUGUGCAUCGUACAUCUUGCGGGGACGGAGAUAAUGCACGAUAUGUAUGCGGACGAGUGGUUCAGGCGCGGAUGGACGCUGCAAGAGCUGCUCGCGCCGCCGCAGAUGAAGUUCUUCAAUCGGCACUGGCUUCAGCUCACGGACGACGAGAACGACAAAACCGACGACGCCGACGACCCUGCCACCCUGGAAACGCGAGCGCCGAGCAUGCUCGACGCCAUCGCCCAAAUCACACGCAUCGACAAAUCCUCCUUGCUCGACUUCCACCCCUCCGCACGGCAAGUCGACCAGCGCAUGACAUGGGCCGCGCACAGGCGUUCGACGCGCGACGAGGACGUCGCCUACUGCCUUAUGGGCAUCUUCGGCGUCAACCUCCAGAUCGCAUAUGGCGAGGGGCGCGACGCGGCCUUCUGCCGGCUCGUCGAGGCGAUCAUGCUCUCGGGCGGCGACCCGUCCGUGCUCAACUGGUCCGGGAAGGCCGCGCGCCACCCCGCGUCGCGGUGUCUGCCCGCGAACCCCGCGAGCUACGCGGGGCAUCCGCCGCUGCACAGUGAUGCGCACAGGUUUCUGCCGAGCGUGUGUAGGCUGGACAUGACGUUAACCGGUCGGGGCCUGAGAGUGACGCUCGUUCUGCUUCCGCUCACGCAUCCAUCGUUCGACGCUGCGAGCGAGAUCGUGAAGUUCAGAUGCGAGGGCUCCGAGGCGAGCGGGGACAUCUUCAGUGUCAACGUGGACUUCAGCGGGUAUCGGCGGCAGCACAUGGACGGGCGGUCCGACUACGCAUUGGGUCUGACACCGUACGCUUUGCCGGAUGACGGCUCGGGGCUGCUGCGUCUCGUCAAGCCAUUCACGGGGUUUCUGCUGUGCAGCAAGUACGAUUUGGGGUGGAGGAGGGUGGACACGCCAUUCGUAAAGGUGAAGUUGGCGCCGGCUAGACGAAGGGAUUCACGGGACAGCCAGGGUGGGAGGGUGCUAUGGGUCACGGUGGAUAAAAGGCAUCUGAGGACGCUUGUGCUUUGA